CAAUAUGUAAUUCAUAUUCCUUGACAGUUCCUACUCCUAUAAAUUAAUGUUACUUUUACUAACAGAAAAUAAAAUAUUUUAAAACUGCUUUUUAUUAAUUAAUAAAGAAGUAUUCUAUAUAUUUUAUUUGUUCAAAAAAAUUGGCAAAAGGGAUCUGCUCCAUUCAAGCUAUUUAAGUUCUUGAUGGCCCUGGAGAUGAGUUUAAGAAUUUUCAUGUGUUUUGUAUUUUGAAUUUUAAAUUUAAACUAAUAUAAUAAAUAUAAAAAGUUACUUAUAUUUAACAAUUUAUUAGCUUCAUUUGUUUCUUUUAUCCUAAGUGCAUUGCAAAUAUUUAAUCAGCAAUCUAUGUUGUCUGCAUCAACAAACAGAAAUACUACAAGAGAAGAUUUAAGUUUAUAUGGAAUUAUUAAUAAAUGUAAAUCAAGUUUUGGCAGCAAGUAUUUAAAGAAAUUGCUAUUACAGCCUACUCAAGAUCUAGAAAUUUUAAAACAAAGACAGGAUGCAGUUGCUUAUUUUGUUACACCUCAAAAUGUUGAAGUUGUUUAUAACUUGCAGAAUUGUUUAAAAAAUAUAAAAUACAUUCCACGUAUUCUCUCUCAUAUGUUAAAUUCUCAUGCUUCAGUUAAUGAUUGGAAAGCAUUAUAUAAGACUGUUUAUAAUUCUGUUCUUAUAAAAGAUAUAUGUCGAAUGCAGCCACAGUCUAUUUAUAUUUUUAGAAAAAUAACUGAAACAUUUACAACAGAUUUAUGUCGUAUUUCUUCAUUAAUAAACAAAAUAAUUGAUUUUCAAGAGUCAGAUAAUCAAAAUCAUUUUGUUGUGAAACCUGGAGUAGAUGAACGGCUAGAUUACAAAAAACGAACAUAUAAUGGUCUACCAGAUUUUAUGACUAAAGUAGCUCAAAAAGAACUAGAAAAAUUAAGUUCUGAAAUUCAAGAAUGCAGUGUUAUUUAUUUACCUCAAUUAGGUUACCUUCUUGCUAUUCCUCUUACAGAAAAGAUGAAAACUGAAGAAUGUUAUGAUAUUCCAGGCCUGGAAUUUAUUUUUUUUUCAAAUAAUGUGGUUCAUUAUAAAAGUGCUAAUACAAAAGAAUUAGAUUCCUUAUUAGGAGAUACACAAUGUGAAAUUACAGAUCACGAGACACGGAUUAUGCAUAAAUUACAGAAUGUUAUAUUAGAAGCAUCUAAUGUUUUGUUAAAUGUAAUGAAUUAUUCAGCAGAAUUAGACUGCUUAAUUUCAUUAGCAUUAAUUGCUAAAGAAUUUAAUUAUAUUAGACCCGAAAUCACCAGAGAUGGCAUCUUACAUAUUGUUAAGGGAAGACAUCCACUUCAAGAACAUUGUGUAUCAUCAUUUGUACCGAAUGAUACUAUGAGUGGUGGAAAAUAUGGAAAAGUAAAACUAUUAACAGGUCCCAAUGCUUCUGGUAAAAGUGUUUAUCUUAAACAGGUUGCUUUAAUUGUAUAUUUAGCUCACAUAGGCAGUUUUGUUCCUGCUGAAAUGGCAAAGAUUACAAUUAUAGACCAUAUAUUUACAAGAAUACAUACUGUUGAAUCUAUUUCUGUUGGUUUAUCCACAUUUAUGAUUGAUAUAAAUCAAAUGUCUGUUGCUCUUCAUUAUGCUACUUCUAAUUCUUUAGUUAUAAUUGAUGAAUUUGGAAAAGGAACAGAAGCAAUGGAUGGAUUAGCUCUCUUAGCAUCAAGUUUGCAAUUUUGGCUGAAAGAAAAUGUUAAUUGUCCACAUUGUUUUGUUUCAACACAUUUUCAUUCUCUUUUAAAUAUUGUAAACUCUUCAGAACAGCUUUGUUAUCAGACAAUGGAUACAUUGCUUGAAGAUGGAAACUUGAUAUUUUUGUAUCAACUAAAAGAUGGUAAAACAGAUGGAAGCUAUGCACAUCAUGUGGCUACAUUAGCUGGAAUUCCUUCUAAAUUAGUGGACAGAGGAAAAGAAAUUGCCAAUAUGUUAAAAAAUAAUAAAGAAAUUAUUCCCAUAAAAAAUAUUGCAAGUGAGAAAAAAUUAGAACAAUAUGUAACUAUUUAUCAAGAAUUCUUAACUUUUGAUUUUGAAAAUGAAAAUUCUGACAGUUUUCUUCAAAAUAUCAUGAAGAGAAUUAUGGAAGAAUAAAUUUUGCAGAGGAGAAUAUUGGAACUGUGAAUUUAAGAAAACGCAAGAUAAUUGAAUAAAGUUUUGAAUUCUUCUAAAUGAGAAAUGAAUUACAUACUGCUUUUUCUGUUUUAAUUCCAACAAAUUUGUGGCCUUCUUCUGUAGUUCCACAGAUAUAACCAAAAGCUCUAUUAUC